GCACAAGCGCGCGCGCUGAAGCACCCGCUGGUUAGAGAAGAGGAAGGACGGUAGAGAGGGAGGGACGUCAAGUGGACAUGGCGAAAAGCGGGCAAGCAGUCUUAAACCGCAUCAUCUGAACGGCACGGAAAUACUUACGUACGUCUACCGAGGUCUGUCACCCCCCUUCUGUCUUUCUCUCUCCCUCAAAGACGGCAUUUUGUUCUUUCCCCCCCGACAUGAUUCGGUGAGCUGUUGCCCCUAUUUUACGUCCGGAAUUAUUGUUAGUAGCCCACCUUAGCACGUUAAUUAACAACACCAACGACAUGUCGGACAACCAGAGUUGGAACUCUUCUGGUUCCGAAGAGGAUUCGGAGCCCAGAGAGGAGACGGGGCACUUGGUGGGCGUCGGCGUGUUCGGCGGGGUACUCAGCAAGUGGACCAACUACAUCCAUGGAUGGCAGGACCGCUGGGUAGUGUUGAAGAACAACACGCUCAGCUACUACAAGUCGCAAGAUGAGACCGAGUAUGGUUGCCGUGGCUCGUUAUGCCUCAGCAAGGCAGUUAUCACGCCCCACGAGUUUGACGAGUGCAGGCUGGACAUCAGCGUCAACGACAGCGUGUGGUACCUGAGGGCCCAGGACCCCGAGCGCAGGCGCUUCUGGAUCGACUCCAUCGAGCAGCACAGGGCCGAUCCGGGCUACGGUUCCGAGUCCAGCCUGCGGCGACAUGGCUCCAUGCUGUCGCUCACUUCGGCCACCAGCAUCUACUCGGCCACCUCUACCUCAUCCUUCAAGAAGGGCCACAGCUUGACGGAGAAACUGGCGGAGAUGGAGACCUUCCGAGACAUCCUGUGUCGGCAGGUGGACACGCUGCAGCGAUACUUUGAUGGCUGUGCCGACGGCGUGUCCAAGGACGAACUACAGAGGGACAAGAUCAUGGAGGACGAUGAGGACGAUUUUCCCAGCACUCGCACCGACGGAGAGUUUCUUCACAACAACAGCGCCAAAGACAAACCGUACCAGUGCCCCAAUCCCAAGGGAGUGAACGGCAUCGACUUUAAAGGGGAGGCCAUCACGUUCAAAGCCACCACCGCCGGAAUCCUGGCCACCCUUUCGCACUGCAUCGACCUGAUGGUCAAGAGAGAGGACAGCUGGCAGAAGAGGCUGGACAAGGAGAUGGAAAAAAGACGAAGAAUCGAGGACAGCUACAAGUCGGCCCUCAACGAGUUGAAGAAGAAGUCCCACUUUGGUGGCCCAGAUUAUGAGGAGGGUCCGAACAGCCUCAUCAACGAGGAGGAGUUCUUCGACGCAGUCGAAGCCGCUCUUGACCGACAGGACAAAAUCGAACAGUGUCAGACGGAGAAGACCAGAAUGCAGAGAUCUAGUCCACUUCCACCACCAGACAUCUUCUCCAGCUCGGGCUCUCACAGAUUAUCUGAGCAGGUUCUCACUCUUUGUUUUCGUCCCUCGUGCACGUCUCAACACUGCGAUUGCAAAAAAAAUAAACUUUUGCUUCAUUUCUGGCAGGUGGAGGAGAUGGUGCAGAGUCACAUGACCUACUCGCUUCAGGACGUCGGCGGUGAUGCAAACUGGCAGCUGGUAGUGGAGGAAGGAGAGAUGAAGGUGUACAGGAGGGAAGUGGAGGAGAAUGGCAUUGUGCUGGACCCACUGAAGGCCACGCACUCUGUAAAGGGCGUGACGGGACAUGAGGUGUGCCACUACUUUUGGGACACAGCCUACCGCAACGACUGGGAGACCACCAUCGAGAACUUCAACAUUGUGGAAACGCUGUCGGAGAACGCCGUCAUCGUCUACCAGACGCACAAGAGGGUUUGGCCUGCCUCCCAGCGUGACGUUCUGUACCUGUCGGCCAUGCGCAAGAUAGUGGCAAGCAACGAGAACGACCCCGAUACGUGGCUGGUGUGCAACUUUUCCGUGGACCACCACGACGCGCAGCCAAGCAGCCGCUGCGUACGAGCCAAGAUCAACAUCGCCAUUAUCUGCCAGACCCUGGUCAGUCCACCAGAGGGCGACAAGGAGAUCAGCAGAGACAAUGUGCUUUGUAAAAUCACAUAUGUAGCCAAUGUGAAUCCCGGAGGCUGGGCGCCAGCCACGGUGCUGCGGGCAGUGGCCAAGAGAGAGUACCCCAAGUUCCUGAAGCGCUUCACCUCCUACGUGCAGGAGAAGACCGCUGGCAAGCCCAUCUUGUUCUGAUCCUCUCUUGCAAUGUCACAUCAAAUCUUUAUUGUAGCAAGCCGUGUUCACACUGAAGAGGAUUAAAAAAAACAAGCACACAUACAAUCACACAGCUUUGAACCUGAAAAAAAUAGUUGGUCAAAUAGUUGGUAAAAUGUAAACGUAAAACUUUUUCCGGGAAAAAGAAAUCUGAUCAUAAUUUAUUUUUUUUCCUUGGAAAAAAAAUAUUUUUCUGUAAGAAAUAGGCUUAAGACUUUUAUUAAAAGAGAAGUUUGAUUUUGUUUCAAGGUUUUUAAUUGUUUUUUUUCUCUCUCAGAACAUUUUCCUUGAAAAAAAAUCCAAUAUUUUCAGACUUUUUAUGUCUAAAGAUAUCUUUUUUGAAGAAAUACUAUUUUCUUGAAAAUGUGUAUUAUUUUCAAGGAUUUUUUUUCUCUGACACCUGCUUUUUUUUUUUUUUCAAAAUACUUCACCCAAAAAAUCUUAUCUUGACUUUUGACUCGCACCAAAUAAAAUUCUACUUUUUUUUUUUUUUAAACUUUUCAGUGUGAAACUAAUAUUGCUUGAUAUGAUUGACACCAAGCAAGAUUCCUUCCCAGCCGCCAAUGUGCUCCAGCAACAUUUCAGAUUGCCUGGUUACUCAAUGCAAAGUGCAUUGAAACGACGUGUACGUAUGUUCUAUAACAAAGUUGUAAAGAGCUCCAAGAGACAUAUCUUGGCUAUCAGACUGUUUUAGACUUGCAGCUUUUUUUUUGCAGUGAUGAUUUAUUUGAUUGAAUAAAGAGAACCGAGGGGACCGCCGUGAUAAACUGUGGACCCCUAUGACGUAAAACACUAAUCCCGCUAAUGAGCGCAUCUGAUUUGAAGCGCAGAGGGCGGGAUCAGCUCAACUAAAAUUGUAAGCGUGUCGCAAAUGCUUUUUGUUGCAUCGUGACCACGUGGAGCCCCACAUGCCUUAGUGGCUUUGUUAGAAGGGAGGUGGCAACAAUUUGACACCUAUGAUGUCAUUAGACAAGUGCCCAUAUAUUGAGAAACAAACAUUUUUACAAUCUAUAUUGUUAUAAUGUUCAAUUGUGAUGUGACAUCUAGACUUUGACUUCCCCUUUACUAAUUGGAUUUGCUUGUGCAUUUUUACCUGAUUGUUAUGUUGCCAAUUAAAAUGACAUGUUUUAAAACUU